UUAAAAAAAGAAAAAAAAAAAAAACUUUCGCUCUUCUACAGUUUGGGAAUUUAGCCGGGCAGCGGGAAUCCAGCACAUCGCCGGCGGGAGUUCAGGGAGCGAUUUUACCGGCGCUCCACAAGACAUUUCGCUCAGCAAAAGCGAUUGGCCAUUUGCUAUUCAGCGCCGUCGGAUGAGAAGAUGGACGGAACCCUCGGCGAUGUUCGGAGCCACCUUUCUCCUUCCACCAUUUUACUGAUCGUCCUUGCUCUCCAACUCCUUGAUGUGCUAUUCGAGAAGCUUAAGAAGAGAGGAUCUACUAGCAGUGAAGAAAUCAAACUGCGACAAGAGAUAAAUCAACUUCUCAAAGAAGCUAACUCUUUAUCGACGCCUUCUACUUUUGCCCAGGCUGCAAAACUUAGGCGUGUGGCUAUUGCAAAGGAGAAAGAACUAAAAAAAAAGCGCGAGGAGAACAAUAAUGAUAAGAAGUGGUCUUUAUAUGAAAAAGUUCUGCUUGCUUCAAAGGCACUAUUGUAUACAGGACUUUGCUGGCAAUUUUGGAGCACUCCUGUUGCUGCAGUUCCUCCGCAUAUUUUGCAACCCUUUGGACGGCUUCUUGCUUGGAGAGGCACGGAUGCUUCCAAUGGUUAUUACAUGGUAGGAAUAAUACCUUGGCUGGUGCUUACUUCUCGGGUCAGCAAAUUCUUGUUGCAGAAGCUUUUCAAGUUUAUUUCCUUCUAGUAUUUUCUCUCUCUCUCUCUUUUUCUUUGCCUCUCUCUCUCUCUCUAGAGUUAUGUCCUUAAAAUGAAUCGCAAUUUCUCAAACCUUUCUUUUAUAAAUCUGCAUUUUUCUUUAA